UGUAACAUUUGACUUUAUUUUGCUUUCCUGUUCUGUGGGAGAAAUGUUGGAACAGAUCUUUGUCCUGCUUUGUCUGUCAUCUGCUUUGGCACAACAGCUCUGUACGCCAGAUGCCUCAGACGGCUACAAAGUCCGACUCAGCAUCAAAACUGCUCUGGGAGAUGAAGCUUAUGUUUGGAAUAAAAAUGAAAUGUUCCUGUUCCGAGCAACUCUGGCUUUUGCCAUGGGCGCUCACUUCACCGGGCAAGAAUACGCUGUGUCAAACAUCGUCGUGUGCAAUGAGACGCCCAGAGUGUCCUUCUGGUUCGUGGUGACGUCGCCCGCCAACACUUCACUCCUCAUCAGUAAACCAGAUGUGGAGGAGGCCGUGAGAAAGUCAAGGCGCCGCAUCAACAGUGCCUUUCUGCUAACUGACAAAACCCUGGAGUUCAUCGGCAUCCCCCCCAUCCUGGAAGCACCGAUGGAACCCGACACCCCUCAGUGGCUCAUCGUGUUCGGGGUCGUCAUGGGCGCCGUCUGUGCCGGGAUCAUCGUCCUACUCGUCUACUCUCUGGUCCAAAAGAAUCGCAAAAAGAACAAGAGGAGUGUCGAUGAGGACGUCGAAGAAGAGACGCGGGUGAAAGCGGUGGACAAUGGCGUUUACAACAUGUCAUUCUCAGACGAUGAGCGAAAUACACAGAUGUAGAACUAUGAAAACAAAAAAAAGGUUAUUAAGCUGCUCCAGGUGGACUUUUGUUGCACUUUUCAAAAAUCAUUUUUAAAGUUGUAAUUUAUCAUAAAUUUGCCAUUUCAAUGAUUUAAUAUGAAGUCUAAACAUUUAUUCACUCUCAUUAUCUGCUGCUUUAAAAGACAAACAAGCACUUGCAGUUUUUUUUACGUCUUUCAUUUUCCAAGUCUGAGUUGAGGGAUGAUAAAUUGAAGAUCUCUGCAUGAGAUAGUGUAUGUGCAUGGAUUUCUGGUGAAUGCACCAACCGAUAAUUCUACUGUAUAUUAAAACAACUGUUUGUUUUUCAUUCAGCAAACAGAACGAGAUGGAAACCAGCAGACACUGGUCCCAUUUAAACCAGGGGCUCAUUUCCAGCUCAUUACAAUCAAAUAUGUGUAUGUAAAAUGAAUUAAUCCUGAUAUUUGUACGCCUUUUCAUGACACAGAACAUACAUUUAUCGAGAUGCAUCUCUGUAUUUUUCUAAUCAGGAACAAUUACUAUGCUACAGACUGGUUCUGUUCUAUAUUUAAACUUUCACUUUCUUGCAAAACUGUGACUGAUUUUGAUGUGAUCGGAUCAAAACGAGGCCCGGCGGUGAUGUCGGCUGUCAGAGGCUGGAUGUCUGCUAUUGUUUUGUUUGCUGCCAUUCUCCUUGUUUUUUUCCAGAGCGACAGAAGGGAAACCCCCUGCAGUCAGGAGCAGCUGCAGUAUCGUAGCAGCGACCCUCAAAGAAAGGAAAUGAUCUUUAUGGCUGGAUAUAUAUCUAUAUGACUUGUAUAUGCAGAGAUGUGUGUAAUCUGUGUUUGGUUCCCUUUAAUGAUCAAGAUGCAGGUCGCAUUUUGUGUUUUUUGUCUUUUUUAAUAUAAAGAGUUUUUGUAGGCCUGAAGAGGUAUUAAUAUUUCCAGUCUGAUAAUUAGGUGACAUAGUUUGUGUAGCACUAAUAUACUGACAUAUUAUUAGCUUACUAAUAGCUCUUGAGCUAAUGAGGGAAUGUACAAAAAUGAUUACGCAACAAACUUCCCCCAAUAUUUCAAAAAUAUGAUGGUAAUAAAUUCACUUUGUCAUUAAUAAAUAAGAAUGCAAAAUAAUUUGAAAUGGUGAAAUUAGUAAUGGCAGAAAAUGAUGAAAAGCAUAACUCCCUAUUUACCAGAUAUCCCAGUCAUUCUUAAUGUUUGAACCAAGAGCCGUCACCUUAUACGACACAUUUAACAUAACUUUAUUGUAAAAUAUUGCCCUCUUUGGAGAUAUAACAAUCAACCUCCUGUUAUGCCGAGUGAAGCCAUUGCUUAAAGUGUCUUAAAGCUGCAUUCUCUCUCCUGUCCACCAGGGGGCGACUCCUCUGGUUGUAUAGAAGUCUAUGAGAAAAUGACUCUACUUCUCUCUUGAUUUAUUCCCUCAGUAAACAUUGUAAACAUGAGUU